AUGGCCGGGUGGAGAAAGGCGUGGCUGUCGGUGCUGGACCGGGCUGCCGCCGCCGGCGGCGGCACCGGCUCACUGCAGGCGCACCUUCAGGGCUUCCUCCACUUCCCGUCCUUCCUCGCCAACUACAAGCGGGGCGGUAAGUACGGGAACGGCCACGUGAGCGGCAAGGCGGUGGCGGCCUGCUUCGCCGUCGCGCUCGCGCUCGCCUUCUUCUACGCCUCGGUCACCAGCAGGCCCGCCGACGACGGCUCCUUCCCUUCCCCGGCCGCCGCUUCCUCCUCCUCGCUGCUUCUCUUGCCGUGGCUGUCGUCAAACUCAUCGUCGACAUCGACGAAGAAAUCGCUUCCUACCCACCCUCCUCCCGUUCCUCCUGCCGCGACCGACGCGCGCAACCGCAACGCCACCGUGGUGUCGCCCCUGCCGGACGCCGGGAACACCACAGUGGGUUCCGACGCCGAACCCAGCAGUAACAGUAACCGCACCAGAGAAGAUGAACCGCAAGUGGAAACCGCGACGGCGAUGCUGCAGUGGCGAAGGACAGACGGAGCCAGUCGUCCUUCCCACGACGCCGUCGUCGUCGGUGCUGCUGCCGAUCAGCAAGCGACGAGCACUGACGACGUCGCCAUCGGCGGCAACUCCAGAUACACAGGGACAUCGAGCAGAGAAGAAACAGCCAAGAACGCCGCCGAUGGCUACGUCUGGAGCCUGGCACAGCGAGCGGCUCUGCCAUCACGACCGGACUCGGAGCGGAAGGUGGAAAGGCACAGGCGCAGGAGAGCCGUGAGGCGCAGGCACCCGAGGCGACGGAAGGAGAUCGUGCUCUCGGCGCAAGAUCUCGCUGUCGCUGCCGAGCGGAGCCACGAGGAGAUGGCUGGCGUCAAAACCAGCUUCGCCGUCGGGCCAGGCAAUGACGUGGUUGGCGUGAACAUCAGCAUGGCCAUCGGGCCAGGGAACGACCUGGCCGCAGGCGUGAACGCCAGCAAGGGCGUGGUCGGGGCCGGCAACAACCGUGUCGUAUGGACGUCCGGCGUGCAAGACCUGGUUUCCUUCGCCAAGUGCGACGUGUUCAGCGGGAGGUGGGUGAGGGACGAGAACUACGGGUUCUACCCGCCCAAGUCGUGCGCACUCAUCGACGACGACUUCAACUGCCACAAGAACGGCCGGCCGGGCAGUGACUUCCUCAGGUGGCGGUGGCAGCCGCACGGCUGUGACAUUCCCAGGCUGAACGCGGCUGAGUUCCAGGAGAGGCUGAGAGGGCAGAGGAUCAUAUUCGUCGGCGACUCGCUGAACCGGAACAUGUGGGAGUCGCUGGUCUGCAUCCUUCGCCACGGCGUCAGGGACAAGAGGAACGUGUACGAGGCAUCGGGGAAGAACCAGUUCAAGACCAGAGGAUACUACUCCUUCAAAUUCAGGUACUUGCUAGUCCACAGGCUGAACUAUUACCAAGAGGGCAACCAUGUGUAUCCCAGCCUUGAGGUUUUGGAUGCAUACAAGAGAGCUCUAGUCACCUGGGCUAGAUGGGUGGACAAGACCAUAGAUCCGAGAAGGACUCAGGUUGUAUUCAGAGGAUAUUCACUCUCAUAUUUCAGAGGAGGGCAGUGGAAUUCAGGAGGGAGAUGCCACAGGGAGACGGAGCCGAUAUUCAACCAGACAUAUCUUACUGAAUACCCUGAGAAGAUGGUAAUCCUGGAGCAGGUAUUGAGGCAGAUGAAAACUCCCGUCAUAUACCUCAACAUCAGCACACUCAUCGAUUACCGAAAAGAUGGCCAUCCAUCAGUCUACCGGAUACGUUAUGAUACAGAGGAGGAACGGAUGGCAAUGGUGAAAAGGCAGGACUGUAGUCACUGGUGUUUGCCUGGCGUGCCAGAUACGUGGAAUGAACUGCUGUAUGCUUCGCUGCUUCAGGCAGGCAAAGGCUCCUGGAAAUUGUGA